UAGCUGAAGGUGCUCGGACAUGGGACUUUAGUUUUGGAGGCGGUCAUUCCUCUUAAACUGAAGAGAUUUAGUGUCUGUUUUCACGAAGCUGAGCUGUGUCUGGGCAGUUUUCACUGCGUCUGCAGUAACUGCGUCUUUCACAGAAUGCGGUUUCAUUCUUCGAAGUUUGUCGCAACGAACUGGAAACCCGCGAUUAAAAAGUGAGACUCCUAAAAUGAGAUACUGAUCCGUGGGAAAGUUUCAGAUGCGCGUUUUAGAGAAACUAUUUCGAUAGCUUUAGUUUUAACGCCGAAUCCACGGUUAAAGACUUACUAUGGAUUACGUGCUCCGGAAAAGUCUCUUUAACCACUGUCUGAAAAUCUCCAAGAGCUACGAAGCGCGCGAGCGAGGUCUUUGGCUGCAAAAGCGCAGAAACAAAACAUCUGCGCCAAAAAACUUCAGCGAUUACGAGAGCAUGAGACGGAUUUACAACAUACGAGUUCCUCAGCGGUUUAAUUUUGCCAAGGACGUGCUGGAGCAGUGGGAGACGAAAGAAAAGAGCGGACAGAGGUCGUCUCUUCCAGCUCUGUGGUGGGUGAAUGACGGCGGGGAGGAGGUCCGGUGGAGUUUCGAGGAAUUGGGCUUUCACUCCAGAAAGCUUGCAAAUGUUCUGCAUCAGGUGUGCCGCUUGGAAAGAGGGGAUCGCGUGUUCCUCAUCUUACCCCGAGUCCCCGAGUGGUGGCUGGUUAAUGUGGCAUGUCUCCGAACCGGGACGGUUCUGAUCCCCGGCACGUCUCAGCUCACUGCUCGAGAUAUGCGCCACCGGCUGCAGGCGUCUGGGGCCAAGUGUGUGAUCACGGAUGAAUCUUUGGCCCCGCUGGUGGACACAGUAUCCUCAGACUGCCCUUCCGUCUCCACCAAGCUUCUGCUGUCCCGCAGAGCCAUGCACGGCUGGGGCGACCUGACCGAACUUAUGGGAAAAGUGUCAGAUGAUCACGUCUGCGUGGACACCAGGAGUGAGGAGGCCAUGACUAUCUUCUUCACCAGCGGCACAACCGGCUCUCCAAAAAUGACCCAACACAGCCACUGUAGUUACGGUCUGGGGCUCACGGUGAACGGCAGGUACUGGCUGGAUCUGACCGAGCAGGAUGUGUUUUGGAACACGUCAGACACAGGCUGGGCUAAGUCCGCGUGGAGCAGCGUGUUUGCUCCGUGGAUCCAGGGAGCGUGUGUGUUUGUUCACCACAUGCCACGUUUUGAUACAAAUACAGUCCUCAAGACUCUGAGCAGCUAUCCCAUCACCACCUUCUGCACGGCCCCGACAGCCUAUCGAAUGCUUGUACAGGACGACAUAUCCAGGUUUACGUUCAGGGCUCUUGAGCACUGUUUGUGUGCAGGAGAGCCCAUUAACCCGGAGGUGAUGUGGAAAUGGAAAGAACUCACUGGACUGGACAUCUAUGAGGGAUACGGACAGACUGAGACAGUUUUAAUAGCAGGCACAUUCAAAGGCAUGAAGAUCAAACCAGGGUCUUUUGGAAAGGCAUCACCGGGAUAUGAUGUUCAGGUGGUGGAUGAAGAUGGUUCUGUUGUUCCACAAGGACAAGAGGGAGACCUCGGCAUCAGAGUCAAACCAGACAGACCCUUCUCUCUUUUUACAGAGUAUACAGGGGAGCCGGAGCGCACGGCCGAAUGUUUCCGAGGUGAUUUCUACCUGACGGGUGACAGGGGGGUGAUGGACCAUGAAGGAUACCUGUGGUUCGUGGGCAGAGCUGAUGAUGUCAUCCUGUCCGCAGGGUACCGAAUCGGUCCAUUUGAGGUGGAAAACGCGUUGAUAGAGCAUCCAGCUGUAGCAGAAUCUGCUGUGAUCAGCAGCCCUGAUCCGGUUCGAGGAGAGGUCGUGAAAGCUGUUGUUGUGCUGACAGCAGAUUAUAAAUCACGAGACCAUAAGAAACUGAUCCAGGAACUGCAAUCACAUGUGAAGAGUGUGACGGCUCCUUAUAAAUACCCACGCAAGAUUGAGUUCGUGGAUCAUCUUCCCAAGACGGUAAGCGGGAAAAUCAGGCGAGUGGAGUUAAGAAAGAAGGAAUGGGGACAGCAAACAAGCUAAAUCUGGAUAUGAGAAACAUUUCUGUACAAAUCACACUGAACCCUUUAAAUGCACCACAUUGAAAGAGCGAUGAAUGGAUCUACAGACUACAGCAGGAUUUCAGCUCGCCUGCAGAUGGAAGCAUUUCACAACAAUCAAGUUGCAGAACUCAUUUCUAAUGUUACCCCUCAUCUUUAAUUAUGUUUAAGUAGAGUAACUCAAAAUUCAAAUGCAUUUUAUUCUUUUCGUUUUAUAUUGUACAUCACAUCCUGCACAUGUGAAACCUACGUGAAUCAAAAUAAUAAUCGUUUAUGUAUCGGAUAACCUAUUUUUGAGAAAUUAAUAAAAGCAUUUUUGGGUGACUAAAUGUUAGAUGAACCUUGCCUAUAAUCUCUUCCCAACACAGAAUG